AUGCCUGACCACCGUGAUGACACUGCUACUGUGUUGUUUCUUGAUGAACAUUUAACUAAAGCAAUUUACAAGUACAAAAAAGUGUGGAGAAAAUCGCAGGGAAAAUAUAGCUUUGUGAAUGCCCAAGGGGGUGUUAAAAAUACGCUUAAUCUACGGGGUGAGUUUUGUCCAAUAUUUUUGUUUCAUUUUAUUCUGCUGGUUUUAGCGACUUCUUCUGACGAGUAAAUUCGUCCGGUUCCAUUUGUUCACGUGAGUCGUACGGUGAGAUGUGCCCGGUGACGCAUGCAGACGUAAAAACGCGCAAGUUGCGGUUAACCCGGCCUGGUUUCCAUAUGGUCGUAACGGUCGUAAAGAUUGAGUUACGAUCUUUCUCAUCAACCGAAAUACAACAUUUUAGAACUGAAAAUACGCGGAGUGAUUGUUACUAGAGAAUACUUAUGACUUAUAUGUGGCUUACAGGUAGAAACUAUUAUAAACUGGCCGUUGAGAAAGAUCGUGACUGCAUGUAUUUGCAAGGUUGUUGUCAAGCACAUCAUCAAUCAGGACGUGUUUGUACUGCUUGUUCCUAGUUGUCUCGAACAAGUUGUUAUCACUUUGUUACAAGGUUGAUAAAGGUUGGGAAAGAGUGGAAAGAAUGGUCAUGUGACUGCCAACCUUCACAGACUCUCAUCCGAGCUUGACGUCUAACGAGUAACAGACUUGCUAAUACAGGCUGUUCGUAACAAGUUGCUGCGAUAACUUGUUGUCAUCAACUUGUAAACAACUUGUUACGUGACUUGUUGGAACAACUUGUUGCGAGUCUGUUGGCCUCAUUAACCUUGUUGCAAGAUGGCGACUUAUUCCGGACUUGUCAGCAACUGGGAACAAGCGCAAUGCGAAAGCUUAUCUCAAAUCUUUUGUUGGUUUAGGACCAACGCCAAUUUUCAAUCAACCACUGAGUGAGGCGAACGUUCACAGAAUUUCAGUGCUCAUCGAUUUCUUAAAGAAACGUAAGUGGAAUUUAAUUCGUCCCUCUUUUUACCACUCGUCAGCACAUCAAGUGUAGCCUUUUCAGGAACCUCUUAACAAUUAUUGACUGAUCUUAAAAAAGCUUUAGAAACGGAUAAUUUUGAACUUUCUGCAGAGCUCUUUGUUCAGUCACACCAAUUAUAACUUGACGGUUUGUUUAAUAAUGGACCCCAUAUUUAAUGAGUGUUAUAAAGCACGGUUUGCACUUCAACCGUAUCGUAACGUCACGUAGAAUUCAAUUCACUAUAUAUGACUAAACCCAUUCUAAAUAAUGCCCAGACCAGGGCACGAAAUAACGGCCGAUCAAUGAUCGGCAGGAAAUUGCUUUUGAUUGGCAGAGAAGCAAGGUUGCCGAUCAUCUUGAUCGGCAAGAUGCCGAUAAUGUCGUUAACGAACACCAUGCAAUACUACGGCAUUAUCACAGAACAUAUAAACACAACGUAUCCUAUACUGAUCGGUCGGAUUUUCAUUUGAUCAGCAGAAAAUCAUGACUGCUGAUCACCAUGAUCGGGAACCUUGGAAACGUUAUUUCGAGUCCUGACCCAGACAACAAAGAAAUAGACAACUGCAUUGUGACGGAUAUAUACAGCUACCUGAAAAAUUUAAACAGAACCAUAUAGAAUAAAGACGCACAGAAGGUCGACUCAGCCAAAAAAGAGCGUAACCGCUGCCACGCCAUGAUUCGUCAUCAAAAUGCUGACGCCAUGGUCCUAGCGAGUGCGCUCAUGAGAGGCAUUUCCCCCCUGGACGUCUGCUAUUUUGAAUAUUAUCAGGGGGUUGAAUGCCUCUCAUAAGCGCACUGGCUAUAAGACCAUGGCGUCAGCAUUUUGAUGGCGAAUUACGGUUACGCCAAAAUCAUAGGUCUGGCUUCUGUAUAGUUUCUAUUCUGUGCCAGAACUUCGAUGUUUCCCGCGUUGGGAAGUUGAUAGCGUGGAUCGGGAAAAUUUCACACUGUUGUCGUCUCUAUCUGUGUGCACUGCCGUCCACUGUUCGGAUUCUAUCAACAAAAAAAUACACCACGUUUUGGAGCAAUUUGAAGCCAGGCGUGCAUGCGUGUAUAUAUAGGCUUAGGUCAGGGGCAGCGGAAGGGGCUCUCUGCCACAGCUCAAAAGAGGCCGCCAAAGCAACAAAGGCUCGCUCGAAGUUCUUCAUACAAGAUUGCUUAUAACUGAGAAUAUAAAUCCUAGCUGCAUGCGUUAGUGCAGGAUAAUAUCCAAUAAAGUGUAAUAUAUUUUAAAUGCACUGCUUCGAUCUCCCGUCUUGGCGCCCUCGGGUAAUAUAAACAACUACAGUUGAACAGCAACCAUCAUGCUUUAAUACCAUGACAUUUCUUUUUACUUCUAACAGAUGUGGCAGCUGAAGGAAUUUUUCGUAUUUCCGGCAGCAAGAAACGACAGGAUGAACUCAAGCAUUUAUUGGACAAGGAUAUAGAAAUCAAUUUUAACACAUUCACGGAGCACGAUGUUGCUUCCAUACUGAAGUAUUUUCUCGCGGAGUUACCAGAGCCCAUCAUUACCAGCGCUCAUAUAAAAGUCCAUAUGCAAAUAGGCGGUAAGCCUUACAAGCAUCCAUUUUUUUACUUAUUUCUAUCAAUGUUUGGCCUCCAAAAAAAAGUAAAUCGGCCCCCAGUUAAUCGUUGUGUGCAAAUGUAGCUUAAGUAUAUCUUACUCGGCUCACUGAUACCGCAACUUAACGCAAAUUCAUUGACGAUUUUGUAUUUUCCUGACAGAUCUUGGAGAUGAAGAUAAACAGAUCAAAGCAUUGCAGCUAUUAUUUCUUCUCAUUCCGCCUGCCAAUCGACAUCUCUUGCAGCAGUUGCUGGAGCUACUUCAUGAAAUCGCGAAUAUUAAGGAGAACAAGAUGAGCGCGUGCAGCCUCGCUUUGGUGUUCGCGCCUAGUGUUAUUCAGUACAAACAUGUAAGUGAAAUACUUAUCAGUGACUGCAUAGAAUGGAGAAUUGGCGUCAAAUUAGAUCAUUUUCACGUACACUAUUUAAACAUUUUCACUGUUACUUCGACUAUAAUUGGACUAUUUAUCAAGGCAUUUUUUAAUACCAUGGACUGGUGGGGCAUUUGCCCCACUGGGCCCCUUCCUCUGCCCCACCACUGAAGAAAAAAAUGGCCUAUUGCCCCAAAGCUCAUGUUGGUGAGCAUAUACUUAAACUUAUGUUAUGUUUGAAUGUUUAGCAUGCAAUUUAUUACAAAUUUCACCAUUAAAACUUUGUUUUGAGAAGCUGAGAUUUUUUUAAAAUGUACUCUCAGAAUGCAGGAAAUGCUAUUUCAGAGACCCAAAUUUUAAAAAUUUCCUUCGGGGGACAUGCCCCCCACCUUCAACCCCCCUAGCUAACUCGUGCCUGCGGUACUCUGCUCACACCUUCGGCGAUCGCAUACUAUGCUGGGGGAGGGCAAGGAAAAUGGGCCCUUUGGCAGUUUUGCCCCACCACUGAAGAAUCCUUAAAAAAUGCACUGCUAUUUAUUAAUGUCUGAACUACCUAAAAAACUAAAGCUUGCACUAUCAAAGUUUUACACUAUCAAAGAAACUUUUACACUAUCAGUAGGAAUUUUGCAUCGGUACAUUCUAAGUUUUGGAGGAUUUGUAGGAAUCUCAAACAUUUCUUGCAAAUCCUUCAAAACGUAGAAUUUACCUAUAAUAUAGGGGUGAUGAGCGAAGUCUCUUCAUAUAUCAGGUAGUUCAGUCACAAACCAAUUGUCAUUCCAAUAGAAAUUGAAAUCUUAAUUGGAAUCCAUUUAACUUGCGACGAAAGCAGUCCGAUUGGAUAUUGGCCCUAAUUUCAACUAGAAGUACGAUUUGGCAUUUUUGUAUGGAUAAACUACAGUGUUUCGUUUUGAAUUUGCAGAAAUCUUCGUCAUGUUUAAGCGUAGUUCCUGAAGAUAUAACGACAUUUACUGCAGCCUUAGCCUUUAUGAUUGAACAUGUCAAAGAGAUAUUCCUCAUACCUGAUGAUUUACUUCAAGAGAUUGAGAAUCAGAAAUCUAACAAUCUUGCUCAGGUAAUAAGACCUGCAACGCCUACUCGCAAGGUAAUGAUCGAGUUAGAAACAUUAGAAAGUUCUACCAUGGGGAAAAUUGUGUUUAUAUAUGUUAUGGAUGAAACAUCACCACAAGGGUUAUCACCGAGUAUAUACCCUUUCACAAUCCACUGUUUGCCAUGGUUAUCCAGUUUCAUUUGACUGGCCAUUGAAAGCUUGAAAAACCUUUGCGCAUUAAUAUUACAGAGAAACCUAAUCACUAGCUAGCUAACCUUAAUUCCCCUAUCACGAGAAAAACGUACACCAAUAUACCAUAUUGAAAUUUUAGUCACUUGUAUAUAUAGGACUGGUUUGUGACGGCCCCAAUUUACUGACGAACUCCGUGAUUAUAGCGACAUACCUCACUAUGCUCUCAGUGCUUACUGUGCUUUUUAAAGGAUAGUAGAUACGACUCAUUUUUUUGCUUAUCCUAAUUUGGCUUGAUGUAAAAAUAUACUUUACAGCAGAAUAUAUAGGCUGUUAGCAUGGUUACUAGUUAAUUUUCAGUAUUUGCAUGCAGUCUAUAGCCUAUUUCAUAACGUUGUUUUAUAGUUAUUUACAGUAAGUUCUUUGAAAAAAGCAAUUUUCCCCCAUGGUAUUACUUUUGUAGUGUAGUGUAGUGUAGUGUAGUGUAGUGUAGUGUAGUGUAGUGUAGUGUAGUGUAGUGUAGCGUAGUAGUGUAGUGUAGUUUUGUUUUAGGUUUAUACAUUAUACUUCUAUAUGACUAUAUUUUUAUUUUAUUAAAUUUACUGUUACAGACUUUUGUUUUCUUUAGUUUCAAAUUUUAUUUAGGUUCAAUAGUUUUAGUUUAUAGUAGUUUAGUUAACUAGUAUUGAUGGCCUAGUGACUAGUGUUGAGAAGGAUGUAGUCCAGUUUUUGAAAUAUGUUGCAAAAGAUAUACUGUAUUCUUGAAGGAUUAUGGAUCUAAGUACCUCGUGUAAUAUAAAUAUGAAUUUGGACAUUUUGAGCAAACACCCUUCGCUACGAAUUUCCCGACACGAAGGGCCUUCUGCAUUCGAAAUGUUGAAGCUAAAUGCAUGGCGAAAAAGAUUUUGUUUUCAAAGACACCAUGCAACAUCUAUGUGAAAAGAAAAUACAACAUUGACAUGGGGUGAAAUCACUUCGUCAGAAUAAAUAUAUGCCCCCAAAAUUAAGAUUUGCCACAGCCACUUUGGCUGAGUCUGGAUUCAAAAUUUAAUCUCUAAUAUUCGUUUUCCUAGGAUGAAGCGGUUGUGAGUAAACCAUUCUGUGCGCAGAUCGACGCGAGAUUAUACAGCACUACGGGAAAUAAACACACAGCAGAUGGUUUAGUUGAUCUUUACACUCAAAUGGCCGCUAUGGAGGAUACACCGAUGAAACGACAGUUUUUGAAAAGGGUAAUUUGUUCAAUUUCAAUGCGAUCUUCGUAAUUCAGCUUAGCUCUCAGCUGCGAGUAAGGAUGAUUAUAGCACACCCGCACCUACAUAUACUCACCUACUUUGUCACGAGGAAAGAUGAUUUGCACCCCAUACCUUUACCUUAACUAUACGGUGCGAGAAUAUUCUCUCAUGCAAGUUUUGACUUCCAUUUCUAGUUUGCAGAAUUUUAUCCAGGCACUCCGCCAUUUAAACCAAAGACGAAAAAGGUUGGUACGCAUAAAGUAUGACUGCAUUGGUUUAAAGCAAGGGCUGCUGACUACAUUUGAUUAACGGCCGUAGUUUUUACGGGUCGUGGCCUUGCUGUUAAAAACGUCGACUGCUGUAUAAGGUCUAACACCGCUUUAUUUCUUUGCAACAGCCGCCUGAAGAAGAACAUAAAACAACAUUCAAUGCUCCAAAGAUCGUCUCUCCUCGCUUCCGACGGCUACCAUUGCAAGCUGUGAACAAGAGUGAAACCGAGAGUCUGUGUGAUAGUCCUACUGGCAAUUUUAGACCAUUUCAUACUCCGGGCAAGGAAUGUUCUUCGCAGGCAGCCAAGACGGGAGAUCUUUCAAGAAGGAAUGCAGCACAGGUUAGUGGUUUAAUUUUAUAUCAGAGUUGGCGGUCAUCAAUUAAUUGUUACAGGGUGCAUUUCAAGUAUGGUAUUAAGAACAGCUACCCAAGGCCGCGUUAUGGCUGCCAACUCUCAUGCACUCUUACCUCGUUUCAUCCAUUCCGGGUUUUACUCUUCCCCGUGAUUUAUCACCACCACCACCCUACCCCCGUCCCACCCCCCCCGUCCCACCCCCCUAAAACCCUGCACCAAUUAAAGACUUGGUUAAAAUUUUAAUGUCAUAAAUUUACAGACGCCAGCAACACCAUCCGGGUAUUUCCACCGUCGUUCGCCUUCAAUGAGCAGCAUACGAAAUCCUUUCAAGAGAAAACGACGAACGAAGACGAUCGGCAGUUCAAGUGAGUCGUCAUGUGACUUUCCUAAACCUUGCACACCCAAACCAAGACGAACGUCAUCCAGUUCAGAACUGGAAAAACCUGUUUCCAAUCCUGUUCGUGCUGCAACGGCUAAGAAGCCUAAGAAGAAUAAAGCAACAGUAACGCCUAUUAUCAAAAAAAGCUUAAUUGGUAGAGAUAUUAGAAAUCUGUAUUCUACGCCUAUGAAUUCUUCAAGACGUAAUAAGCCAUUCCCUGCAUCUGCUGCUAAGUGAAAAGUACUUAGAAACUUGCAAUUGUCAAUAUAUUGUACAUAGAAAAUAUAUAACCUAAUUGGGCAAUGGUUAAAACUAACUAGUAGAUUUAAUAUAGGAAAACCGAAAACGAUAUUUCUUUGAAAUUUCGAUUUUGAAGCGUUGAUAUUCGCAUGUUUAUAAUGUCUGUAGUUUAUAUGAACCACAGGAAAUUGGUGCACUAAUAUAGAGAAAAUGUUAUAAAAAGAAGUUAUUAUAUAUAGGGUUAUAUUUCACCUUGUAAUCACGUAUCUUUAAUAUUUGUUAUAUAACCUGGCAU